CGGUGAUAUUAUGGCGUGUGUUUCAUGUUCUUAUGAAGACAAUUAUGAUAAUUAUGAUAAUUUUAUUAUGAUAAUAAAAACUACAUUUCUUAUGAUAGUAAAAUUAAAGAAGUUCGCAAUAUAAAUACAAUACACUUUUGCCGUGUCGAUCGGGCUUGAAUACCGUUUUUUUCUUACUCGCGUAUGUUCACGCGCCCUUCAAAAUUGAUGCCUACUUAGGCCGCAGCAAAUCCAGUCGAGGGGUAGCAUGGAGCGUCUUCUAAGCACAGCGCGGAAUGACCUCAUCAUUGCUGAAUUCUACGUCAACUGGUGCGGCAACUGCACGAAGAUCGCCCCUGCCUACGAGGAGAUGGCUCAGAAGUACGGCAACAAUGCCCAGUUCGUCAAGGUGGACCUGGACAAGACGGGCGAUAUCCAUCCUGAGUAUGGCGUGACUUCCACUCCCACCUUUGUCUUUAUCAAGAAUGGAGUGGCUAUCGAUCGGUUCCAAGGAUCUAACGCCAGGAUGCUGGAAGCCGCCAUCCAGCGACACGUCUGAAGUGACCUUUGCCAUAGGUGGAUGAUUCAAAAUCUUUUUUCUGGUAGUGGUGAGUUUGUCGCGGUGUUACGGUGAGAAUGUCGCAGUCCUUGUGUGUCAAUCUCAGUUUAAAUUUGACUGGAAUCUGGAUUUGUUUUGUCGCGGAAAGGGUGGAUUUCCUAUCGUGUGAAAAGUUACUAAAUUGUGUAAGUUGGACUAUUUUAGAUGAAUGACAACUGCAUUGA